AUGAUCCACAAGAAUCCACAACAAAAUAUGGGACCACCAUUGAAGCGGUAUUUUCCAGUUUUUCUCACCAUCGUGGGACAUUUAUCGGCUCAGCAAGGAUACAACUACCCCACUCCUUCCAAGCAAUUUCCUGCAGGUCCAAGUCGGGAUCAAGAAAGACCCGGUGGAGGUAGAAGACCUUCUGGAGGUGGAGGAGGUCCAUCGGAAGUACAAUAUCCGGAAGGAGGUGGUUAUCCUUCUGAGGGUCAAGGAUAUCCUUCCGGAGGACCUGGACCGCAGGGUCAACCAGGUGGUCAAGGACAAGCUGGAUAUCCUGGACGACCAGCAGGCAGUUAUCCUGGACAAGAACCUACAGGAACUGGAUACCCAAGUGGCGGACCAGGUCAAAGACCAGCAGGAGCAGGAAGACCUGAACGACCAGGAAGUACACAAGGCUAUCCAGAAGGUGAUCAAGGUUAUCCAAAUGGUAGGCCUGGAGUAGAACAAGGCUAUCCCACCGGAAGACCGGGAACAGAUCAGGCCUAUCCUAGUGGAAGACCGGGAGGAGAUCAAAGUUAUCCAAGUGGACGCCCAGGCGGAGAACAAGGCUACCCAAGCGGAAGACCAGGACAACAAGGCUAUCCUACCGUAAGACCAGGAGGUGAUCAAGGCUAUCCCAGUGGAAGACCAGGAGGUGCUCAAGGCUACCCAAGUGGAAGACCUGGUGGAGAUCAAAGUUAUCCAAGUGGACGACCAGGCGGAGAACAAGGCUAUCCAAGCGGAAGACCAGGGCAACAAGGGUAUCCUAGCGGAAGACCAGGAGGAGAGCAGGGCUACCCCAGUGGAAGACCGGGCGGAGAUCAAGGCUAUCCCAGCAGAAGACCUGGAGGAGAUCAAGCUUUCCCUAGCAGUAGACCAAGUGGAGAUCAAGGUUAUCCUACCGGAAGGCCAGGUAGUGGUCAGGACUAUCCGAGCGGUGGACCAGGAGGCCAACAAGGUUUUCCUACUGGCAGACCAGGAGGUGAUCAAGGCUAUCCAAGCGGUCGACCAGGAGGUAUUCAAGGUGGUGGUGUUCCUAGCGGUAGACCAGGUGGAGAACAAGGCUAUCCUAGCGGGAGACCAGGGGGAAUCGGUACACCUAUUGGUGGACAAGGCUAUCCAACAGGCACCGAAAGUACUCGACCUGGUACUACGCAGGGUUAUCCCGGCCAACAGCAGCGUCCAUCAGGAUAUCCAGGACAACAAGGAGGAGGUGUUCCAGGUCAACCAGGACAGUUUCCAGGACAGGAUGGUGGUUUUCCAGGACAGCAAGGUUUUCCAGGACAACCAGGCGGUUUUCCAUUCCAAGGCGAAGGAGCAUUUCCUGGGCAAUCACCCGAAGAGGAAGGCGAUUAUUCCGCCAUACCUGGUGAACCAGACAGAGACUAUCCUAUAUACUCCGAAAUACCACAAACUUCUUUCAGUUGUGACCAGCAGCCCUAUCCUGGUUACUACGCUGAUGUCGAAGCUAGAUGCCAAGUGUUUCACAUAUGCGCCAAUAAUAAAACAUACGAUUUUCUCUGUCCAAAUGGCACAAUAUUUCAUCAAGAGUAUUUGGUAUGCGUUUGGUGGAAUCAGUUUGAUUGCGAGUCUGCUCCGUCUCUUAUAGAAGUAAACGCAAAUAUUUAUGAUUAUUCGAUAACGGGCGGUCCACCUGGCAGUUUUCCUUCUCAAGGAGGACGACCAAUAGGGCCCGGUGGAUAUCCUGAAGGAGGUGAAGCAUAUCCGGGUGAAGGAACUGGUAGUUUUCCUAGUGGGCCAACUGAUCAAGGUUAUCCCUCCAGUGAACCGCAAGGACAGGGUGGUUAUCCGGGUAGCAGACCUGGUCAGGGAGGAAGACCUACUGUUAGACCUGGAAUUCAAGGAGGACGACCUCAGGGAACCGGCCAGCAAGGAUACCCUAGUGGAACUUCCGAUAAAGGAUAUCCGUCAAGUGAACCGCAAGGACCAGGUGGGUAUUUCGAAGGAAAACCAGGCCAAGGUCAAAAUGGAAAGCCUAGUAUACAGCAACCAAGUGCAGGAUAUCCAGGUAGGCCCGGGGGUCCAGAUCAAGGUGGUUAUCCCAGUGCAGGUAGACCCUUUACCCCUCGACCCGGUGGCCAAGUAUCCAGUGAAGGUCCAGGAUUUCCUAGUUUAGAACCUGGCUAUCCCAAUACAACGCCUACUAUAAGUGGAACCUCAAGUCAAGGUGGAUAUCCUAGCACGAGGCCGGGUACUCCUUUCAGUGGUGGAAGUGGACAGCAGGAACCUACUAGGGGGUAUCUACCUCCUUAUCAAUGA